AGACGAUCUCUUAUCAGCUUAAAAUACGGCAGCUCACCCCCCUUCCCCUCGUGUUGUUGAAGCCGAGUAAAAGUGAACGAAAGGACUGUACGACAAAGGCUGCGUUCAGCGUCUGGACGAGACCGUCCAGCCGCCUCUAUGUUUAACGCUGGCGUAUGGCAUCACUUACCGGUACGUUUGCGAGAGCUUUUGUGGAAGCGCUUGGGUACCCUUGCCCGAUGGUGCUAUCAUGAACGGUCGUGUCGUCUCCAACCAGAUUCCUGGAGCGAACGACCAGGCUGCCCGCUCUGGGGAGCUCCAGCGAGCGCAGUAGAUGGUUGUAGAAUAGCAGCGAUAGAGGCCAUGAAGUGGUCGACGCCAGUCAUUGCCACGGCAGUCAUAGUAUCUUUCGUAUCUCUUGCGAAGGCGACUGCACCAGAGGUAUGAUAUACGUUUGAUUAAA